AUGGCUGAAGCAGAGGAGAAAGGCAGUUCGGCAUGGUAUAAGGUGCCGACCUGGGACGGGAACCCCGCUGGAUUCAGAGCUUUCAAACGAGAGAUGGAAUGGUGGCAAGCUUCAAUGGACCCUAGCACAUGUCUCAAAUACAAUGUUGCAGCACGUUGGACAUUGCGACAGACAGGUGUUGUCAGGGCCAGCUGUGAAGAGUUCACCCCAGCGGAAUUGGCUGGAACUCCUGAAGUGCGUGGGGAAGAUCCCGAUACAAAAGAGGAAAUUGUUUUGGAACCUGCAGACCCUUGGGCAGGCAUUCGAAAGCUGAUGACGGCUUUGGAGGAGUCCAUGGGGCGCACGAUGCUGGACCGGAAGGGAGAACUUCGAAAGCAGUUUUACACUGAUUUGAGGCGGCUUCCGGGGGAAAGGAUAAGUGCUUUCUGUUCAAGGUUUCGAACAUUGACCUCAGAGAUGAAGCGAGAGGGCAUUACAUUGCAUUCAGACGAGCUGGGCUGGUUUUUGCGGAAUCGAAUGGGUUUGGACGCCAUUCGAAUUCAGCUGUUAGACACAGCCUUGAGAGGCCGAGAGGCCUAUGAGGAGGUAGAACAAGAGGCUCUCCGGCUCUUUCGCGACCUUCACAGUGAGGACCCGUUGCAUAAGAAGACUGCAUUGGAUCGUUCACCUUUGUUGGGCCGUUUUUUGAGCCAGUCGUCACAGUCAGGGGCCUCUACACACCAGACUUCGCUGCCAUCUCAGGCAGGCUCUACAUUUGGUGGCAACAAGUCGUACAGAUCCUCAUUUUCCAGUGGGUCUCAACGAAGUUUCAAACCUGCUCCCAAGGUUCCUCAGAGAUCAGCGUUGGUUGCAGAAGGUCCCAAUGAGGACGAGGAGGCCGAGGACGACGAGGAGGAGCUUGUGCCAGAUCAAGAUGAACCUGGCAAAAGCUUGGAAGAAGUGUUGCAAUCCGAGGCUGAAGUCCUAGCUGCCGAAUUGGAAGAGCUUGAACAAGAAGGAGUGUCCCCCGAUGUGAUCGAGGGAUUGGAGUCUGGAGUUGAGCAAGCAGCAGAGUCUCUCGUGACUAUGCGGGAGGCGAGGAGCAAGAUCGCAGAGAUCAAGAAGGACAGAGGUUAUGGCAGAGCUUCUGGAUCGGCGUCGGCUGUUGCUAGUGCCAAGUCCCGCGUGACGGGAAACCAGGCCAUCAGGAAGCUGGUGGCAGAACAGACCGAAGAGGAGACUUUCAGGACACUUUGCAUUGCGGCUCAUCCCAAAGACGUGGCCGGAACCAGAUCCAUCAUGGAGGACGGCAAGGCCACGGGAACGUGGCGAAGAAUGGUCGUGCGGCUAAGAGUAAGACUCCUCUGGCACGUGCAAGGCAUUGCCUUGUGGCUUUGUCGGCGGCCCUGGCUGCGAUACUUGCCACUACCCUACCCGUCCAUCAGUCUCGGACGGCAGUGGCAAUUGCAAGCGCAGCAAAUGGUGACGAAUGGAGCACUCCCUCAAAAGCAUUUCCAAAAGGCUCUUCAUGCCGAGGCCUUCACUGCCAGCAACUUGAAGGAUUGCAUGUGGCUGAGGGACAGGCUCGGUUGGAAGCUGGCGUUCACCGAAGAUCCCAUGCUUUUGGGCAUGCUUGCAGCCAAGAGCUCAAAGGGGAUGGCCAGCCGCAUCCGCCAAGAAGCAAUUGCGGAAUCCAAGAUUGCCGCCAAGAAGGCCGUGGAGGCAGGCAAACAGCUGGAGGCAGUCCGUUCAUUGAUCGGACCAAAAGGAGGGCUACCGGCUCUGAAGGCCGAUUUAUUGAAGUUGGCAGCCUUGGUGGAAGUGCAGGUGCACGACGAGAUCACGGUCGAAGAAUUGAAGCAGAAGAUCAAACCCGUGGUUCAGGACAUCGUGGCAAAAGCACCUAUGCCAGCAAAGUCCAGCGGCGGGGCCAGUUCUCACCAAGAACCACCGUUGCAUUUGACCGCCAAAUCCAAAGCCAGUGCACCAGUCACCCCAUCCGUGGCACCAGGCACUCCAUCGACCAGCGUUGGGACCACCACCCAACCACCAGGCCUCAAGAUCCAGGACAUCCACGACCUGAUGGCACAGCAGGACAAGAAGUACCAAGCGAUGUUGCACCAAGUGAUGCAGCAUAUGAUGUCCUUGCAACAAGGCAUGCAGGCCAAUCCGAUGAGCCCGGCCUUCAUGACGGAGGGCCCAAUGAGUUACGACCUCACAGCCUCCGACAGCGACACGGCCAUGGGACAGGUGGGGGAACAUGGUUGGACGAUGGAGGAGGUUCAAAGAGCAAAAGCCUUCGAGGUAGGGGACUUCGACCAGAUGACCGAGCAGGAGAAAAUCGACUUCAAUCUCCAACAAGUCGGUUGGAUCCAGCAGGACGAACAGGACCUGCUGAAGGGGCCGCCAGAGCGGCGGAAGAAGCCGCCUGACAAACCCUUCAACACCCAGCCAAUUGUUGGAGAGGUAUACACCGCCACGGAACAAGUGGCAAAGCAGGCCAGACUUCGAGGGCACCGGGCGAUGGCAUCCCUUUCCUUAGAGACGGGGUGGAACUUCUUGCAGCCGGAGGAUCGGAAGGCAUGCAUUCGGAAGGUGCUGGAGGAGGACCCUUAUUGCCUCAUUCUUGCUUUUCCUUGCAGCCCGUGGUCACCUCUGACCCGACUUCGCAAAAGCAAAACAUUAGAGGAACGGCAACGUCAAGGCCGUACCCUCUUGAACUUUGCCAUUGUCUUAGCUCAGAUGCAGUUGAAAAGAGGGGCUCACUUCAUCAUCGAGAAUCCCAAAUGCUCGAUGGCGUGGAGGAUUCCAGAGAUGGGAAAAUUCCUCGAGUCAGCAGCCGUGGAACAGGUCGACUUUGACCAAUGUCGCUUUGGUUUGAGGAGCGCCAAAGGAUUCCUGCACAAGAAGCCAACGCGAGUGGCCACGAGUUCAACAUGUGUGGCCGAUGAACUACGUGGGAUGGUAUGCACCAAAGACCAUCCACAUCAGCCAGUGCUCGGUGGAAGCGCCGUCACCGCACCAGCUGGACACUACCCAGUUCAGCUGGCCAGAACCAUGGUCAAAGGAUUGGAGAAACAGUUCCACGCCGAAUACGGCAAAUGUAAAGAAGUGAUGGCCGUAGAUGGAGAAGAAGUCGAGGCCGAUGAUGAAGGAGCGGCUGAGACUAUGAAUCCAUUUGAUUCGGAGUCCGACAUUUCAUCCCUGGGCGAGGAGGAAGACCCGUCCACAAGGAUCUCGGCAGCGACAAGACUUGCUGUGAAGAGGCUCCAUGAAAACACGGGCCAUCGUUCCUAUCGCCGGCUGGCGAGAGCAUUGGUGCUGUCAGGAGCACCAAAGGAGGUGGUUCAGGCAGCCAAGCAAUUGAAGUGCAGUUUGUGCGAAGAAAAGAAAAGGCCGAAGAGCCGUCGUCCAAGCACGCUGCCAAGUCCAAAGGAUGUGUCAGACCAGGUCCACAUCGAUGUUUUUGAGUCCGCAGAUAUCACUGAGAACAAGUUCUACAUCAUCCAUUGCAUCGACUGGGUGUCCCGCUUCCAAAUGGCGGAGGCAAUGCCCGGAAAGGACUCAGAGAGCAUCUGCGAGAUGAACACCGCAAUACAAGAGCGCGUCCUCGCUUACAAUGGCGAUAUCACAGAGGCACCCCCAACACCUGGACGUCAGCAGUUGCCAACAGUUCCAGAACAAGAUCCUGCCUUGCCACCAGUGGGCCCUAUGGAGUUCAUUUCUGCAGUUUCUGGCGAACCAGAGUUGCCAGGGAGUGGGUCAUUGAGCCGACGGGCAUCAGCCAUGUCGUCAUUGGGACGGUCGUCUGUGGCAUCAGGCAGUGCUGCACCAGGCACUCCAGUGCCUGCACUCAUCCGACAGGCCAGUCAGGCAGCACCGGCACCUCAGACACCACCUUUGAGCUCGCGCUUAGAGUCGUCGAUAGAGGAUGUCAGGGAGUUGGAGGAGGAAGCGGCAUCAAAGAAGAGAACAGCCGAGCUGGACACAGAGGAGUUGCGAGAUGCAGCCGCAGCCCCAAGUGAAGAGGCUCAUUCAGUUAUGAUGACAACUGCAGUCGUCCAGAAUGUCUUGAAAACAAAGAAUGCCCUACUUGCAAAGUAUGCCAAGAAUCCUGAGAAUGCACAGGUUCCAUCGAAUGUCACCGCCUUCAAGGAAGACACUUUUGAAGAAGAUUUCAUGAAAGCUGCUAUCCAUCCACUCCGCUUCAUCAAGGAGCAAGUUGAAAGGGAUCGAGACGAUCCGAACUUCACGGAAGUGGUCGACCACGGCAGUUGGUCUGGAAAGUGGCCUCUCCCUUCAAGAACAAGCUGGCUUGCUCAUGAGACCAGUUGCACUUUGUGGCCCACCGGAGAGCAGGAAGUCAACGAAGCCAAGACGGCUCGCCGAGAGAUCAAGUGGAAGACUAUACCCCUGCAUGAGAGAGAGGAAUACCGCAAGGCAGCUGAGGCAGGUUGGAAAGUGCAGACUGACAAUUUCGCCUUCGAGCCCCUGACAGAGGAAGAAUCCAAAAGGGUCAAAGAUCGGCUGAGGGCCAAUGGCCAGUUGAACAAAAUCCUGCACCCUAGGUUCAUCUACACCGACAAGAAUGACGGCAAAAGGUCAGCCUCCUCGCCAAUGCCACUUUUGGCGAAUGCCCGUCUUGUCAUUCCGGGGUACCAGGAUGAGACGGCCUACAAUGUCAGGAAAGAUGCACCAACCAGUGCAAGAAGCAGUCAACACAUAUUGUUCACCAUGGCUGCUAGCUAUGAAUGGACAUUGUGGUCUGCAGACAUCAAGUCAGCAUUUCUCAAAGGUGAUUUAUUUGAAGAUGGUGAACGUGAAUUGUACAUCACCAACAUCCGAGUCCAGUCGGAAGACGAGCCCACGCUCCCCUUUGGCAGAGACAGCCUGGCGAAGGUUCGCAAGGGAGUUUUCGGCCUGGCAGACAGUCCUCGUAGAUGGUAUCUCAGGCUCCAUCGUUCAGUCACACAGCUGGGAUGGAGGAGGAGCCAGAUGGAUGCAGCACAAUGGUUUUUGUAUGAUGACAAGAAUCAGUUGCAAGGUGUCCUGGUUAGCCACGUGGACGAUUUGCUCAUGGCGGGGUCCAGCUAUGCCAAACGGACAUUGGACAAGUUGGGUUCAGAGCUCGGUUUCGGGUCAUUGGAAACCGGUUGUUUCAACUAUUGUGGCAAACAAAUCAAACAGUUGCCGGACAAGACAGUUGAAGUCAGCAUGCAAGCAUAUCAUGAGAACUUGCAGCCAGUGCCGGUGCCUGUAGUGCGCAAGAAGCAAUUGGAAAGCCCAUUGACACCCACCGAACACCGCCAACUCCGAGCAGUACUCGGAAGCUUGCAGUGGUUGGUCACACAAGUGAGGUUCGACAUGAACUUCAUGUUGUCAGUGCUCCAGGGGGAGCCCCCUGUAGUAAAGACCCUGCUCAAAGCGAACGCCUUGGUUCGCCUCAUGAAGAAGGAUUCCGGAUUCAAACUCCGUUUCCCUAAGCUGGAUUUGAACGGAGCUGGAAUUGUUGUCGUUACAGACGCUUCUCUGGGGAAUGUUUCCAGGAGCGGUGGAGCAGAGGGCACUAUGAUGACCAAGACAUUCAGUCAAGCUGCAUAUUUGGUGAUGAUUGGUGAUCGUGAUCUCCUCGCAGGACGAGAAGGACAGUUCACUGUGAUGGACGCCCGGAGUCACAGGCUCACGAGGGUGCGCCGAAGCACAUACGGAGCUGAGCUCCUCGGCUCAGAAGAAGCCCUAGAUGUCGGCCUGUUUAGCAGAGGCCUGCUAGCAGAAGCAAUGGGUUUCGAUGUCCUCGAUAGAAGCGAGUCCUACAACAAGGACAUCCCACUGGCAAUGAUCACGGACGCGAAAGACGUCUUCGACAAGAGCACCAGUGACACACCGACCUAUGGGUCGCAGAAGUCAUUGAGCUUCACAGUUGGAUGGCUCCGAGAGGCCUUGCGAAAAGAGAGGACCAGUGUGCAGUGGACGGCAACCGAGAACAUGAUCAUCGAUUGCGGCACAAAAGAGAUGGUCUACUUUGAUGUGAAGAUUGGUGAUGAUGCUGCAUCUUGCUUGCACUUGGAGAUUGACACGAAGCGCAUUACCAUUGGCCUGUUUGGAAAGGACGUGCCCAAGACUGUCAUGAACUUCGCCCACUUGUGCACCGGCGACAAGGGCAAGGGCUCGAAGUUCCACCGCAUCAUCCCGAAUUUCAUGAUCCAGGGCGGCGACUUCACCCGGGGCGACGGCACGGGCGGCGAGAGCAUUUACGGCGCCAAGUCCGGGUGCCCCGAAGCCGCCGAAGCGGAUGGUAUCCUGAGCAUGGCCAACGCGGGGCCCAACACCAACGGCUCCCAGUUCUUCAUCACCACUGUGAAGACUCAAUGGUUGGAUGGGCGACACGUCGUUUUUGGAAAGGUGGUUGAAGGAAUGGAUGUGGUGCAGCAGGCCCCUGGUCGGUCAGCCGUUUGGCGGCAAAGCGGCGCAACGCGGCUGUCGCGGCGGGUUAGUGAAGUGGACGUGAAGCCGAACAAAGGUCUACGAGUCUGCAAAUUUCCCUUUGACUGGAUGUAUUCCACGCCCUACUUGGUGCGCCAUGCGUUGACUGACAACUUCAAGGUGUUUCUUGACCCCAAGCAGCAUCCUGGACCAUCUCAAGGACACCGCAAUGUCGGCACGAUCCACAAGACCUAUCUCCGAAUGCAGGACACGAAGGUCAGGAAGGUGGUUUUCCCGCAUCAUCAGCUUUGGUCUGGGUCUCCUCAGUGCAAAGAGUUGCGGAAGUCGUUCCUCCGUGCAGCCCAGCGUUGUCGCCAAGUGCUCCGUGCGCCGAAGGGCGCAAAGGGCCCGAAGGGCGCUCGAACGCUCUUCGUGUGUGCCUUGACCAUUCGCAGUAGAGAAGCCUUGAAAGCUGCAAGGGAUGAAGAUUGGAGCCUCACAGGACGUGGCAAGUGUCCGAUACCAGAAGAAGGUGGCCCUGAGCUGUGCUCUCGAGCGGAGAUCUUGUAUUGCAAAGGUGACAAUACUGGCUUGGUCUUCCCUGAGGAUGAAGAUAUGCUGGCGUUUCACAACAUAAUCACAGAAUCCGGGCAACGAAACUUUGUUUGCAGUGAGCCACUUCGUGUCAAAUACUGUGCUGGCACGUACUGCUACACGCCUGCUUUUUCUAGAAAAGUGAGGAUGCGGAUGCCACACUGUGCUUUUCCAAGGAAGGUUUCCUCUGCCUGCUUUUGA